AUGGGUGUUCAAAAGGAAGACGUGGAAAACUUCCUCAAGGGGAACCCUGCGUUUGCUAAACAAUACUUUGCCAAGAAGAUGAAUGCUUCUUCUGUGUCAAAGAUGUCCGGACUCCCAGAGAAGCAAGUUGACUUCAGUCAGUUUGAACAACUUAGUCAGGUUGAGGAAAGCCAAAUCAUGUACGACCUGAUCAAAGACAUGCAAGAAAACAUCAACGUGGAAAAGGUGGUGUUCAAGAUCCUGAAGAGAAUCAGCGCGCUCAUCCACGCCGACCGCUGCAGUCUGUUCAUGUACCGGCAGCGAAACGGCAUCGGAGAGCUCGCCACGAGGCUCUUCAACGUCAACACGGAGUCGGAGCUGAACGACUGCGUGGUGCCGCCGGACUCCGAGAUCGUCUAUCCGCUCGACAUGGGCAUAGUCGGCAACGUGGCUCUGACCAAGAAGACCGUCAAUGUGAAAAAUGUCAAAGAGAACCAGCACUUCAGCUCCUUCGUCGAUGAACUCACAGAGUACGAGACCAAGAGCAUUCUGGCUACUCCCAUCCUCAACGGCAAAGACAUGGUGGCGGUGAUCAUGGCUUUAAACAAGACCACGGGACCACAUUUCACUGCUGAGGACGAGGAUCUUUUUUUAAAGUAUCUGAAAAUUGCCUCCUUGAACUUGAAGAUCUACCAUCUGAGUUACCUCCACAGUUGUGAGACACGCAAAGGACAGUUGCUGCUGUGGUCUGCCAACAAGGUGUUUGAAGAGCUGACGGACAUCGAGCGACAGUUCCACAAAGCCUUGUACACGGUGCGAGCCUACCUCAACUGUGACCGCUACUCUGUGGGUUUACUAGACAUGACGAAGGAAAAGGAGUUCUUUGACAUCUGGCCAGUACUGAUGGGAGAACAGGCACCUUACUCCGGCCCCGUAACUCCUGAUGGCAGGGAAGUAAUUUUCUACAAAGUGAUUGACUAUAUUUUACACGGAAAAGAAGACAUCAAAGUAAUACCGGGUCCACCCGCAGACCACUGGGCUCUGAGCAGCGGACUACCGACUUACGUUGCCGAGAGCGGUUUUAUCUGUAACAUUAUGAACGCAGCUGCCGAUGAGAUGUUCCAAUUUCAGACAGAACCGCUGGACAACAGUGGCUGGACCAUAAAAAAUGUUCUCUCGCUGCCAAUCGUCAACAAAAAAGAAGAGAUAGUCGGCGUGGCCACGUUUUACAACCGAAAAGAUGGAAAGCCUUUUGAUGAUCAGGAUGAACAGCUCAUGGAGGCUUUGACUCAGUUCUUGGGAUGGUCGGCUUUGAACACGGACACUUACGACAAGAUGAACAAGCUCGAGAACCGGAAAGACAUCGCUCAGGACAUGGUGCUCUACCAUGUCAAGUGUCGGGACGAUGAAAUUCAGAAUAUCCUGAACACCAGAGAGGUCUACGGCGUGGAACCCAGAGAGUGUGAAGAGGAAGAGCUCUUAGAUAUCCUGAAAAAAGAACUACCUCCACUGAUUAAGAAGUUCGAGAUCUAUCAGUUCCACUUCUCGGAUUUUAACUGCACAGAGAUGGACCUUGUGAAGUGCGGCAUCCAGAUGUACUACGAAGUUGGAGUGGUCAAGAAGUUCCAGGUCCCUCAGGAGGUGCUGGUUCGUUUCAUGUACUCAGUCAGUAAAGGCUACAGAAGAAUCACCUACCACAACUGGCGCCACGGCUUCAACGUGGGACAGACCAUGUUUACACUAUUAACGACGGGAGUGCUGAAGCGAUACUACACCGACCUGGAGGUAAUGGCCAUGAUAACUGCAGGAUUCCUCCACGAUAUCGAUCACAGAGGGACAAACAACCUGUACCAGGUCAAGUCUGGUAACCCUCUGGCCAAGUUACACGGCUCCUCCAUCUUGGAACGACACCAUCUAGAGUUUGGAAAGUUCCUCUUGGCUGACGACUCGCUGAAUAUCUACCAGAACCUUAACAAGCGACAGAUCGAGCACGUGAUUCAUCUCAUGGACAUUGCCAUCAUCGCCACUGACCUGGCUCUUUAUUUCAAGAAGAGAACCAUGUUCCAAAAGAUCGUGGACCUUUCACACACAUACGAGGAAGAGAAGAAAUGGGUCGACUUCAUGUCUCUGGAAACAACCAGAAAAGAGAUCGUCAUGGCUAUGAUGAUGACCGCAUGUGACUUGUCCGCUAUCACAAAGCCUUGGGAAGUGCAGAGCAAGGUUGCUUUGUCUGUGGCGGCAGAGUUUUGGGAACAGGGUGACCUGGAGAGGACAGUACUGGAACAACAACCCAUUCCCAUGAUGGACAGAAACAAGGCAGCAGAUCUCCCAAAGCUACAGUGUGGUUUCAUUGACUUUGUCUGCACAUUUGUCUACAAGGAGUUUUCUCGUUUCCACCCUCAAAUCACACCUAUGCUGGAUGGCAUCCUCAACAACAGGAAGGAGUGGAACGCUAAAAAAGAAGAGUACGAGGCUAAACUCAAGGCCAUAGAGGAAGAGAAAGCUGCUAAAGAGGCAAAAUCGGGCGGUCAAGCUGCUGCCAAUAAUCCCAGUGGUGGAGGGUCGGGCUCCAAGACCUGCUCAGUGUGCUAA